AUGCUACUUGUCAAUAUCCUCACGCUCGCCCUCGUCCCAGCCACAACAUGCCGCGCCCUUCCGCAACAAGACGUCCGCCCCGACACAUGCUGCUUUACCAUCCACGACUCGUCAAGUGGUGAAAUCAUCCGGCAACAAACCAGCUCCGGCUUCCUUUACCUAGGCGGUUCUCAACCCACGGGCUGGUACUGCAUCAAUCUCUCUGAUCCCAAUAAAAUCCUCUGGGACGCCUUCAACAACGCAUGCUUUGUCAACCCCGACAAAGUGUUUCAGUGUCUCGAUCCUACCCCGAGCAACGAUUCUUGGGGCAUUGAGCAGAGUGGUGGCGAGGUACUGGUUGUGGUUAAUGGAGAUUCGUUGUUUAAAGUAUGCCCUGCGGACUCGGGGAGCAUCAUCUUUACCAGUGCCAGGAAGGAUGCGAGUUGCAGAGGCCUGACAUUGAAGGCGAAGGGACUAAAGGGGAGCUGUGGCCGUUUUGGGGGAUGA